AUGUCCAUGAGCAUAUCCGAAAGCAACCGUCCUCGAGACGGCUUCCCGCGCCCAUUCCCGAACACGCCGUCCAAUGUUCUCGAGCAAUUCCAAAUGGCCGGGAAGGUUGUUGUCGUGACGGGGUCCGCGGAUGGGCUGGGGUAUGCGAUUGCUGAGGCUAUGACUGAGGCCGGGGGGAAUGUUGCUAUGUGGUAUAAUUCGAAUGAUGUCGCGAUUCAGAAAGCACAGACGUUGGCGAAGACGCAUAGUGUGAAAACGGGCGCGUAUAAAGUUGAUGUAUCGAACGCAGAAGCCGUCCAGACGGCCAUUUCCGAGGUUGUGAAGGAUUUUGGAAAGAUUGAUGUCUUUGUCGCUAAUGCUGGAAUGGCCAUUUCAAAACCCAUCCUCGAGCAAACCCUCGACGAAUACCGCCAGCAAAUGUCCGUGAACGUCGACGGCGUCGUCCUCGCCUCCAAAUACAUCGGCGAAGUUUUCCAACGCCAAGGCACCGGCAACCUAAUCAUCACGUCCAGCAUGAGCGCGCACAUCGUCAACGUCCCCGCCGACCAGCCGGUCUACAACGGCACGAAAGCGUUCAUCACGCACUUCGGGAAGUCGCUGGCGCGCGAAUGGCGGGAUUUCGCACGCGUGAACAUCGUCUCGCCGGGCUUCUUUGAUACGAAGAUGGGGGCCGGGCCGGAGACGGUGCAUGAGGCGUAUCGCAUGGCGGUGUUGGGGAGACAGGGCCAUGUUAAGGAGAUUAAGGGGUUGUAUUUGUAUUUGGCGAGUGAGGCGUCGAGUUAUAUGACUGGGAGUGAUGUGUUGAUUGAUGGGGGGUAUGUUUUGCCUUGA